AGAUUAUUCACCAAAGAACAAACAAGUCUUGAUCGACCCAGUCUGCGCUCCGUCGUCUUUCUGCUGUCUAGAAGUAGAGGAAGAAGGCGAGAGAGAGAGAGAGUGGGUGGUGGUGGUGGUGGCUGGGGCCAUGGAAGGCAUUGCCGAUCUCUGGGAACCCUUGGUUUCCUACUUGGAUCAAGCUUCCGAUUUCUUCUUCUCCACCCUGAGCCGGGCGGCGCCGGUAUGGACGGCGGUGAGGGUCGCGGUGCUGGUGCCGCUGAUGAAGGCGGCGGUGGUGCUGUGCUUGGUCAUGUCGGUGAUCCUUGUCAUCGAGAAGCUGUCGAUGGCGCUCGUCGCCCUCUAUGUGAAGGUCUUCGGACGGACGCCGGAGAAGGUGUACAAGUGGGAAGAGAUUCCGCAGGAUUCGGAGCUCGGCUCACUGCCCUACCCCAUGGUCUUGGUCCAGAUCCCCAUGUUCAAUGAGCGAGAGGUCUAUCAAAUUUCAAUUGGAGCGGUUUGCACUCUUGCAUGGCCAAAUGACAAACUCAUAAUACAAGUUCUUGAUGAUUCGACAGACAUCACAAUUAGGGAAUUAGUGCAAGAAGAAUGUGGGAAGUGGCAUAGAAAAGGUCGGAACAUACACUAUAUAUCUAGAGACAAUCGAAAUGGAUACAAGGCUGGAGCUCUAAAAGAAGCAAUGGAACUUGACUAUGUGAAGAAAUGUGAUUAUGUGGCAAUAUUUGAUGCAGAUCAUGAGCCCCCAACUGAUUUCCUUUUAAGAUCUGUUCCUUUCCUCAUGCACAAUCGUGAAAUUGCACUCGCUCAAGCACGGUGGAAAUUUGUGAAUGCCAAUGAAUGCAUAAUGACAAGAAUACAAGAAAUGUCAUUGAACUACCAUUUUAAAGUGGAGCAACAAUCUGGUUCAUCAACUAUGGCAUUCUUUGGAUUUAAUGGAACUGCUGGUGUGUGGAGAAUUAUAGCUAUUAAUGAUGCUGAAGGUUGGAAAGAGCGAACUACUGUUGAAGAUAUGGACUUAGCAGUUAGAGCAACUCUUCGAGGCUGGAAGUUUUUAUACAUUGGGGACCUCAAGGUUAAAAGUGAGUUACCAAGCAAUUAUAAAGCCUAUCGGUAUCAGCAACAUCGUUGGGCAUGUGGGCCAGCAAAUUUGUUUAAGAAAAUGGCAUUAGAUAUUAUAAUGGCCAAGGAAGUGCCCUUAAUGAAGAAAUUAUUUUUGCUCUACAACUUCUUCUUUGCGAGAAGGAUAGUAUCUCACAAUGUGACUUUCUUCUUCUACUGCAUCAUCAUCCCAUUAUCUUCUUUUUUCCCUGAAGUUGUGAUUCCAAAGUGGGGGGUGUUCUAUGUCCCGACUCUUAUUACCAUCCUCAAUUCAAUUGGAACUCCAAGGUCAUUGCAUCUAAUUGUCGUCUGGGUAUUUUUUGAAAAUGUCAUGUCCUUGCAUCGAUGCAAAGCUGUUUACAUUGGUCUACUUGAAGCGGGGAGAGUAAAUGAAUGGGUUGUCACAGAGAAACUAGGGAACACAUUGAAGACUAAACAAAUUUCAGUAGUUGAGAAGAAAUUCGCAAGGAAGUUGUGGGAAAGGCUUCUUUUCUUAGAAGUGAGCAUGGGAUUGAUACUCUUGAUAUGUGCAUGUUACAAUUUCUCCUUCAGGAAAGAUCAGCACUUCAUUUUCAUUUUCCCUCAGACUAUUUCCUUCCUCCUGAUGGGUUUUGGAUUUGUUGGCACUUAUAUCCCACAAACCAAGUAGAUAAACCAAGCCAGUAGGUUUGGUUCACUCCUUUACCGUCGCCUCUCUUUCUAUAUAUUCAAAUUCUUUUGCCAUUUAUUUAUGUAACAGUCUGCAUCCUGUACGAAGAGAUUAACCGAUUCCACCUUGAAAAAGCUCACCAGAUAAUAAGCAGGGGGGAUGCAGGAGUUCUGAGAGCAAGAAGCUACAUCCCAUGCAAGUUUAGGCGUUUAUGAUUGAAAGAAUGUAGAAUGUAGCUACAAAGUUAUAAGUGUAAUGGAUUCAUUAAAAUGUAAUGAUAGCCCGUUGUAUUUACUUUUCCUUAA